AUGCAAUUCACUGCGGCAAUAUUUUGCAUACUUCUCGCCGUCUUAGGCUUCAAAUCUUUACACCUCUUCGCGACAUCCAAUGGAUUGUUAGGGCACCUGGAGCGCAUAAUCACGAACAAGUCUACCCCGGCGGGAAAACCUCUACGUAAUUGGACCACUGGCGGCCGUUUCCCACGGAUCGAUCUUCAACUCAAUGCGGUUGCUACGUUCCUUCUACUCUCCUGUGAAGAUUACUCAGAGCCAGAUGUGAAUCUUGUAGGCUUUUGGUUUGAUCUAUCAUGGGGUCCUUCGUGGGUUCUGAUUGUAUUGGAGAGCUUCAGGGAGUACAGUCGAAGCCGACUGAUGUCUUGGAUUGCAAUCCCAGGGCUCUUCAUAUUCAAUCAGUCACACGCUGUGUUUACUUCCCUUUAUCUGGCAAUCAGAUUGCUUGUUGCAGUUCCGGCGACCACUGAAGAAAGCCUGAUGGUUGAUAACAUCCAUCUCCAUGCGAUUCCCUGGAGUUUCUUAUUAGGAUAUCUUCUGCCAAUAUCUCUCAUGGCGCUGCCUGGAAUAUCCAUUUAUAAUCUUAACACACAGCACAUGCUCACCUCAUUUUAUCAGCAGUGGCAUCUUUACAUCAGUCUGGUCCAUGUUCUACUGGUGACAUUGUGGACCUAUACAGGAUCGAUGGGCAGACUGGAAGACGAAAACUCCAAGGCCUCAUUGUCCGCGGUCAGGCCGGUUUACGCUUUAGCCUUCUCUAUGGCGGUCAUCUCAGUUUGGGUUCCCAUCCUUGUCUCCUUCGUCAUCCGUGCACUACAUCGAAUCCGCAAAGCACAUCCAUCUAGCCAAAAGAAUCUUCACAUUUCCAGUAUAUUCAUCCCACCCUCUCCAUGGAGUAAUAUGAAAUGUAAAAAUGCAUUUGAGGGAGGAAAAUGGCUUCUCCAAUGGGACGGCAUAGUAGGAGGACUCAGUACCGCAGUUUGGGCAAUCGCUUUAUAUGCUGAAGCUCGCAGUGCGGUCGAGCCACAGGAGGGAUUAGGGUCAUUUUGCACGAGGCUUAUAUGGUAUAUGGUCUUAGGCGGGCCAAUUGGUGUUGCGACAGGAGCUUUGUGGGAAAGAGACACGCUCUUGCUGCAGUGA